AUGAUGAGCGAUCCUUACGGCAUUCCUCAGCUCCUUUAUGGGGGGGGCCCUCACUUCUUUGAUUCUCUGGGUCCUUUUGUGUAUUUGUUUGUCUGUAAACCCUCGGGGGGUUUCAGCAGCUUCGCGCUGCUGCAGCAAACAUUUCACACAGCUCUUGCUGCUGCUGCAGCAGCAGCAGCAGCAGCAGCAGCAGCAGCAGCAGCAGCAAAAGGUGGAGGUCAGCAGCAGCUGCAGCAGAGCCUUCCUUUGUCUGUAGAUGCAACGCGAAGCUGUCACCAGCAGCAGCAGCGGCAGCAGCAGCAACUGCAGCACGAGCAGCAGCAGCAGCAGCAGCAGCCGGCGGUGCCUCUCCCUUUCCCUCAGCAACCGCAGCAACAGCAGCAGCAGCAGCAGCAGCAGGAGCUGCUGCUGCCUUUGCUGCUGCUGCACAAGUCCGAGCAUCUCCGUCUCCGUGACGUCGAUAUAACAAACUGCAGCAUUGCGGUGUAUGCGCAGCUCCCAGCAGCAAGAAAUAUUAUACUCGUCAUUAAACCCCCAACAGCAGCAGCAGCAGCAGCAGCAGAAGCAGCAGCAGCAGCAGCAGCAGCAGCAGAAGGAGAAGCAGCAGCAGCAGCAGCAGUGGAAUCGCAUGGGGUGCACCCGCUACAGCAGCAGCAGCAGCAACAGCAGCAGCAGCAGCAGCAGCAGCACAGGCCGUUAAUUUCAGCUGCUGCUAUUGCAGCAGCUGAGAGGGCUGCUGCAGCUGCACAAGCAGCAGCAGCAGCAGCAGCAGCAGCAGGAGCAGGAGAAACAACAACAACAACAGCAGCAGCAGCAGCAGGAGAAACAACAACAGCAGCAGCAGCAGCAGCAGCAGCAGCAGCAGCAGCAUCUGUUACUGAAAUACAUUUACCUUUCGGGGGUGUGGGGCGUCUAUCUGCUGCAGCAAACAGUAAUCCUGCUGCUGCUUCGUUGCUGCUGCUGCUGCAGACGCCGCUGCACCCUGCGGUGUCUGUACACCUCCAUCUACCUUCUCUUCGCUUGGUGCUGCAGCAGCAGCAGCAUGUUGUGCUGCUGCAGCCGCAUCUGCUGCAGCAACUUGCUGCUGCUGCUGCUGGACCUCGACAGCAAAUGUUGCCCCGCAGCAGCAGCAGCAGCAGCAGCAGCAGCAGCAGCAAGACAGAAGCAUUUAUAAACACUUUGUGGCGACGUUUUCGCGGGCUCUAUCCUGAGCAGCAGCAGCAGCAGCAGCAGCAGCAGCAGCAGGAGGAGCAGCAGCAGUUGCUGCAGCAGCUGCAUCAGCUGCAGCAGCUAGGGGGUCCUUUUGUGUAUUUGUUUGUCUGUAAACCCUCGGGGGGUUUCAGCAGCUUCGCGCUGCUGCAGCAAACAUUUCACACAGCUCUUGCUGCUGCUGCAGCAGCAGCAGCAGCAGCAGCAGCAGCAGCAGCAGCAGCAAAAGGUGGAGGUCAGCAGCAGCUGCAGCAGAGCCUUCCUUUGUCUGUAGAUGCAACGCGAAGCUGUCACCAGCAGCAGCAGCAGCAGCAGCAACUGCAGCACGAGCAGCAGCAGCAGCAGCAGCAGCACCCGGCGUUGCCUCUCCCUUUCCCUCAGCAACCGCAGCAACCGCAGCAGCAGCAGCAGCAGCAGCAGCAGCAGCAGCAGCAGCAGCAGCAGCAGCAGCAGUUGCUGCUGCUGCACAAGUCCGAGCAUCUCCGUCUCCGUGACGUCGAUAUAACAAACUGCAGCAUUGCGGUGUAUGCGCAGCUCCCAGCAGCAAGAAAUAUUAUACUCGUCAUUAAACCCCCAACUGCAGCAGCAGCAGCAGCAGCAGAAGCAGCAGCAGCAGCAGCAGCAGCAGCAGCAGCAGUGGAAUCGCAUGGGGUGCACCCGCUACAGCAGCAGCAGCAGCAACAGCAGCAGCAGCAGCAGCAGCAGCAGCAGCAGCACAGGCCGUUAAUUUCAGCUGCUGCUAUUGCAGCAGCUGAGAGGAGAAACAACAACAACAACAACAGCAGCAGCAGCAGCAGGAGAAGCAACAACAACAACAACAACAACAGCAGCAGCAGCAGCAGCAGCAGCAGCAGCAGCAUCUGUUACUGA